GCAUUUCUGUAGACCAUGUUUAAACUUCUCUAUGGACUGGCACUGCUCCAACUAUUGGACGGAUGCUCGUCCUCUACUCUUCAAUUGAGUAAAAUCUUUGGAGGAAAAACCACGCCCGUGGAUAAGCAAUCAUUUCUGGUUAAUCUCCGACGUGGUUUCUUCUUCCGUUGCGGUGGCGCACUAAUCUCGCCCAGCUGUGUUCUCACAGCGGCUCACUGUUUGGAGGGACGGCAUCAAAAACUCUGGGAUUUGACCAUACAUGCCCAACAACAGUGUUUGGGCGAUCCGUCUCCGCCAGAGCAUGUUCGUAAGGUCUGGCAUGUCGGAGUAUCACCGCAUUACAGCCCACAGCGCGAUCUGGACUCCGAUGUUGCCGUGAUCCGGUUGAGUCGCCCCUUUGACAUCGCUGGCAAUGCGAGUCUGGUUAAGAUCGACUUCAACGAUAUGCCCCGGCAGGCCAAUCUAACGGUCAUGGGAUGGGGAGCGAUCAACAAUCAGGGUCACAACCCGAAUCAGUGUUUGCAGGCGGCCCAAGUUGAGCUGGUUUCCCAGAAGCAGUGCAUCAAAUCAUUGAAAUGGGGUCAGCGAAAAGUUACAAAUAAUAUGUUUUGUGCUCUUGGGAAAAAUGAUAGAGAUGCGUGCCAGGGAGACUCCGGAGGACCCAUAAUCCACGCUGGACGCACUGUGGGCAUCGUAUCCUGGGGCUGUGGUUGUGGCAGUGGCUACCCAGGGGUCUACACCCGCCUCGGCAGUCCAUCGAUUACGUACUGGCUGAAGACCUUUACAGAACGACAUUGCUGGUGAUCCAUCAAUUUUUGUCUCGAACCAAAAUAUGUGGUAAUAAGGUAGAUUUAGUAUAUUAUAUUUUAUUACGAAUAAUA